AACCUACAACAACUGCACGCCUUUCCUCUAACAAACUGGUCUUCGGCAUCUCUUCCCCUCUCCAACCUCUCCUUUUUUUCCUUUCCGCUGUCUCCUCUGAUUUAUCCACAUCUUUCAACUUUGCACACCGCCAGUACCUAUCACAAUGUCGGUCGUUUCUCUCUUGGGUGUGAACAUCCUAAACAACCCCGCCAAGUUCACCGACAACUACGUCUUCGAGAUCACCUUUGAGUGCCUCGAGCAACUUGAAAAAGACCUUGAGUGGAAGCUCACCUAUGUUGGCUCUGCCACCUCCGACCAGUACGACCAGGAGCUGGACUCUCUCCUUGUCGGUCCUAUUCCUGUCGGUGUCAAUAAGUUCAUCUUUGAAGCCGACGCCCCAAAGACCAACCGUAUCCCCGAUGCCGACAUCCUCGGAGUCACCGUGGUCCUUCUGACCUGUUCCUACGAUGGGCGCGAGUUUGUCCGUGUCGGAUACUAUGUAAACAACGAAUACGAGACGGACGAGCUUAGCGCAGACCCUCCCGCAAAGCCUAUUGUUGAGAAGAUCCGUCGCAACGUAUUAGCUGACAAGCCCCGAGUUACUCGUUUUGCUAUCAAAUGGGAUUCCGAGGCAUCUGCUCCCCCAGAGUUCCCUCCCGAGCAGCCAGAGGCCGAUCUGCAGCCCGACGAGGAGGAGUAUGGAGCUGACGAGCUUGACGAGGAUGGAGAGGAGGACGAGGCAGGCGAUGCGGCCGCCGAAACCGCUGGCGAGGGCAGCGCCGCCGCAGCCACUGCCGACGGAGAUGCCGAGAUGGCGGGCGUGGAGAACGGAGAGCCGGCCGAGGAGGACGAGAUCUCCGAGGAGGGAAGCGUCGACCUAGAGAACGAGAGCGAGGAUGAGCUCGAGGAAGUCGAUGAGGGCGAUGGUGGCGAGGCUGGCGAGGUUGGCGACGACGCUAUGGAUGUCGACGAGAAGCCCGCCGCCGGUUCGACCAAACCCCCAGGCGUCGCUGCUCACUAGUCAUCGUCUCGCCGCUGGCCCUUCCGCACAACUCGUCGCGUGACCAUUUUUUUCUAUCCCCCCUUUGGGUCUUCCCGCUUUCCGCGGGCAAUGAUGAAAUGACAUACGAAGUUAUGAGAAGGUUUGCAUGAGAGUUGAGGCAUACGAGUUGGAACAUGGAGUGAUGGGUCGAGCACCUAUGUACGGAACUCGCAUUCAGGUACGAGGACACGGCACGGUAGAUCCCCUUUGAGUUAAUACAUACACUACAUACCACUUGAUCUCAUGCCUGUGAUG